AUGAGACUGAAGCUUUGGCAUGAUAAAGUCAAGGAGUGGGGAUGUCCCCACUAUGACCUCUGUGAUGAAACCUUUGUGAAACAUCUGUUCUGCUGUGAAUCUUACUCCAAACACCAACAAUGCCUGUGCCUACCAUGGAAGAACAAGAUCUCAAGAGUGAUACCUCUUCUUUGUGAUGAACAGAAGCUGACUGUUGCUUGGAAAAACGAUCUGAAAGGGAAGUGUGAUGGGGACACUGGUAUGGAAGAAGACGAUAUGAAAAUCCUCCCGGUGAAGGACUGUAAAGCAAGAGUAGAUGAAGUGCACGGCCGAUUGGGAGCAAGAACGCGUCUGCCUGAGAGGAACAGGAAACCCAGAGACGGCCAUGUAGUACAGGGCGGGGCUUUCACCAACGUCGGCCAAUAGGAGCUCUUCGUCCUCUGCUGGAGCGGUUGCAGUGAGGCCGAGAGAGGAGAUCAUGGCCAGGCACGCGAGGAUCAUCUGGUCAUCGGUCAAUUUCAAGUCAUCCCAAGUGAAACUCUCCAAUCCCCAGUCCGACACCCCUGGUACUGCAUCCUUCUGCGAAUUCCACAAAAAACAUCUCCCUCAUGUUC